ACGCUAUCAAGUGAAUUCAUUACUGCAAUUCCUCCCGUAGGUUCCAAAGGGAAACGGCUCACAGUGCAUUUGGAAUAAACAAUCAGAUGUAACCAAUUAUGGUAGAGGAAUCAGACCUCAAUCAAGAAGUGUAACAUCUUUGGUUGUGAGACACCAUUGAGAGGAGUGUGUGUGAGAGCGAGAGAGAGCGAGAGAGUGGGGAGUCCAGCGCGCCCCGGGCAUUUGGUGAAGGAAGCGCGGCACUCGGGAGCGCAUCAGCGGGAUUGAAGCAGCGGCUUUCGGACACAUCAUGUUGCGCAGACACUUCAAAUCCUCCCCAGGACCAAAUGCUCGACAAAAUGUCGCUUUUUAGACCAUCCGGACUAAAGGAUCGUCGGGCUGACUCUUUUAGGUAUCUGGAAUUAUUUUUUAGUCUAACUGGGAGAUGUUUAUUCUGAGAACUCGUACUGGAGAAGAGACUAGAAGACUUUAAAAUGCUGUCCGGAUGGGUCGAAGCCUCUUCAGAAAAGGUAAGCGGCUCAAAAUGCUCCUUGUGAGGAAGGUCGUGCCUUACGGGAAUCGUCCAGCUGUGACGAGAGAGGAGGUCAUCUCCGAUGAGCCCUCCAUACUUGCUGCUCUGGCCUGCACAUUUUGAAAUCGUCCCUCCCUAAACUCAGAGUGACAAUGUGAUGAGCUCUGCUAUCAUUUCCAGCCCGAGCAUGGACUGAGGGAUGAGAGGGAGUCGCACGAGUUAAUGAGACUAUUGCUCUUGUGUUGGGGAGCUUAGGACAGGCAAUUACAGGAGGAUUACCCAGCGACUUCAACAUCGCAUACUCUCCACAGAGGCAAGCUUCAAGAUCCGCUAAGAACUCCAGUGUGGUGGAUUUUAUUUUUUAUCAUUUUUCACCCUUUUUAAUUACCUGCACUGUUGUUGUCAAAAAGUUUGCAAAGUAUUACAAAAUGGAGGUACAGAUCCGAAUGUGGAAUAAAGACCUGCCAACUUUGAUCAGCCCAUGGAUACCGAUACUUCUGGGUCUUCACAUGCAUUUCUCCUGGGCCACAACCUGUCCAGAGGAGUGCCGGUGUGACAGGACCUUUGUUUACUGCAACGAGAGGAGUCUAAUGUCAGUGCCUCUGGGGCUAGGAGAGGGUUAUAAGACCCUCUACCUCCACAACAAUCAAAUCAACAAUGCUGGAUUUCCCCUGGAAAUGCACAACGUUGCCUCUGUGGAGACGGUGUAUCUCUAUGGCAACCAGCUUGACGAAUUCCCUGUCAAUCUUCCCAAAAAUGUGCGGGUGCUCCACCUGCAGGAGAAUAACAUUCAGACUGUGUCCCGGGCCGCCCUCGCGCAGCUGCUACGCCUGGAGGAGCUCUAUCUGGAUGACAACUCCAUCUCCACCGUGGGUGUGGAGGAGGGGGCCUUCAGGGAGGCCAUCAGUCUCAAGACCCUUUUCCUUACCAAGAACCACCUGAGCAGUGUCCCCGUCGGGCUCCCCGAGGAGCUGAGAGAGCUGCGGUUGGACGAGAACCGCAUUGCACUUAUAGCCGAGGACGCAUUUGAGAAUGUGACGGGCCUCGAACGCCUCCUCCUGGAUGGGAACUUGCUCACGGAUGAGGGCAUCGCUCCCGGUGCACUCCAGACCCUCGUAAAUCUCAAAACGCUGUCGAUGGCGCGCAACUCCCUCACGGUUCCUCCUCCUAAUCUGCCUGCCGAGUUUCUAGUCAAGCUCAACUUGCAGGAUAAUCAGAUGAAUGAGAUUCCAUUGACAGCCUUUCAUGGCCUUCAUCGCUUGGAGAGACUGGAUAUUUCAAACAACCAGCUGCAGUCUCUCACACAGGGGGUCUUUGACGGCCUCCGCGGUCUGAGACAGCUCACUGUUCGAAACAACCUUUGGCUCUGUGACUGCAACAUUAAAUGGGUCAUACUGUGGUUAAAGUCCCUGCCAGCUACCCUCAAUGUCCGUGGCUUCAUGUGCCAGAAACCAGAGAGGGUACGUGGCAUGGUAAUAAGAGAGCUAACCCUGGAGCUCAUCCAGUGUCCUAACAGCACCACCACAGUCCCACAGCCCACACUGCUCUCUUCCUCCACCGCUGAGUCAGCCACUCAAACGGCCUUCACACCCGCACGCUCCCAGCCUACACCCACCCCUUCGCCUCUCACAAUUCUCCCACCGACUGCAGGCGAAGACAGGGAACAGAGGACGAACGACCCGGUCGGCCCGAGGCAGGAGUCUCUACGCGUUUCCUUUGCGGUGCUAAACAGUUCGUGCAUUCAGGUAAGCUGGGUAUCGACAUUCGCCGUCACAGCCUAUAAGGUGACCUGGGUCAAGAUGGGUCAUAGUUUAAUAACAGGCCCCAUGCAGGAGUCACUUGUGGGGGGCGAACGUGAGGGAAUCGCACUGGCAAACCUGGAGCCCAAGUCCACCUAUCGUAUUUGCGUAGAUCCGCUGGACGCGCUUAACAAUUACCACCCAGGAGAUGAUACGAUUUGCUCGGAGGUGAUGACGAAGUCCGCUUCCUUUCACUCCGGUGAUAACACCACUGGGCCCGAGCAGGCGACCCAGCAGGACCCCAGCUCGCCUCUCCUACUGGCUGGCCUGAUUGGCGGGGCGGUGCUUAUGGUCCUGGUGGUCCUGUUGAGCAUAUUCUGCUGGCACAUGCACAAGAAGGAAAGGUCAGAUUCGUCAAAAUGGAAAUACAGUCGGGGCAGAAGAAAAGACGACUACUGCGAAGCAGGGACUAAAAAGGAUAACUCUAUUCUGGAAAUGACUGAGACUAGCUUUCAGAUAGUUUCUUUGAAUAAUGAACAGCUGCUCAAGGGGGACUUUCGCAUUCAACCGAUUUACACCCCUAAUGGGGGUGUUGGAUACAGAGACUCUCAAAGGAGAAACAAUAGCACAGCGUACUGCAAAAACAGUGUUCCAGAAUCUGAUACAUGCCAUAAAUGAUGAUUUUAAACAGAUAACAUCAUUUGUAUUUAGAUCUGACUCUUAAACGCACUGUAUUUCAGAAGACAGGAUGUAAAAUAUGUAAUUUAUAUUCUGAACAAUAUCGCCUUCUUUUUUUAUCGCUUAGUAAAACUAAAAUUGAUUUAAGAAUAUUUACUUUCUAUGUUCUGUUUCUACAAUCCAAGCUCAUAAAAAUAUAGUAAGUGGAUCUUAGCAACUGGCAAUCUUUAAGCACAAAUCAAUGUCAAGUGCCCCUUUUUUUAGGAAAUGAAGGAAUGGAAGGAGUGUGUUGUGUCUUUUUAAAGGUUUAAAAAAGUGAGGAUGAGUAAGCAGUGCUCACUAGCACCACAAGGUGGCGUCUGUUCUCAUCACCACUAUUAUUAUGACAUCUCAAGCUAUACUCUUUGAUCCAGCAUCUCACAUAUUUAUUUCACAAGGACUGAACGCUGACAGUUGCUGCCAAACAGCUGAAAACAAACCUUGGUUGAUACAAGACUAGAAUGAUAUAAGGAAAUUCAGCAUCAGGGUUGAUUUCCUCAGCAGUCUUUCUGUACAGAGAUAUAAAACGUUCUAUCAGCUCUCUCACACUGCAUUAGAUCUGCUUCAGUGAGCAAAAUAUCUUCACCAUAGAAUAUUGUUUAGUGCUGUUAUUCAAUGUUUGCAUAAUAAUUGCAUUUAGGCUUAAGGAGAUACAAAGGCUACAUUUGCUUGUGUACUGCAUACAUUUUAGUUUGAAAGAUCUUUACAAAUACAAACAGUCAAGUCAACAUGUUACAGGCAGUGUUGGGUAAGUUACUAUAGAAAAAAAAAAAAAAUUACUAGCAAGUAAUUACAUCUUCAACAGUAUAAUUAGAUUACUGUACUAAUUACUCUCUCUAAAAACAUACAUUUUAGACAUUAAAUCCAUUAUCAGGAGUCUGUAAAUAAAUUACGUUAAGAGUAAUACCUUUCUUUUACUUUUUCAAGGGAAAAGUAAUUAAAUUGCAGUAAUUAAUUACUUAAUAAUGCAUUACAUCCAACACUGGUUACAGGUCCACUUUAAAUCAACUGAUUGUAGGGCUCAUCUAAUACUCAUCUAAUAUAUAUAUAUAUAUAUAUAUACUUCCCAUAAUGUUUGUUUAAAGCGGCAGUCUGUAAGUUUUGCCUCUUUGUCGCCAUCUCUGUUUGAAACCUGCAAUUACAGUUAUUUGCGGAAUUAUCUUUACGCAUGUAAACAGACGUGACGUAAUGAUGCAAAGACGAACGGCUACAUGCUUGAAUUUCCCAUGGAAACCUACCAGUAUCACCCGAAUUAGAAAAAAAAAAAGAUUUUGGAUCAUUUUUGACCAAAAAAAAGUUAGGGAAUGCAGCUUUAAGGUUAAACACCUAAAAAAAAAAAAAAAAAAAAAAAAAAAAAAAGUUCUCUGAACGUUAGGAAUUGACUAAAAUAAAACCAAUGAGAACCAUACACUAACGUUAUGUGUUAGCUAGGAAACAUGCAUACAUGCUAAAAAACUGAACAUGAUUGAACAGAAUUUUUAAAAUCUGGAAUUGCGGUUUUACUAAUCAGAAUUAAAACCCUUUCAAAUAUGUCCUUUGAAAACCACAUGUGCCCCACAACCAUUUUUACAUUUGCUCAAAUUAUCAUGUUCCAGUUCGGCAGAAUUUGUAACUUUGUUAUUUGUUUCCCAGCCUUAACAGCACCCCCAGUACACUCCCCAGCAGCAAGGGAAGAUUGCAGCAUUAUAAUGGCUUUGAAAUGAGAUCUUCUCAGAGCUCUGAGCAGGUGUCAAUGAGCCAUAGCACAGCAAUAAACAAGAUCUAGAGUUAAUACUACCACUGACCAGUUUUACGACAAUUCUUCGCCUGAUCUGGCUUGUUUUCUACAUCCAAACCAUUGAACAUAUGAUGCUAUACAUGCAGUUCUGUCUCUUUAUGUCUAACGUGCUUAUAACAUUCAUGAUAUGUAUGCGUGAAGCGAUUUACAAGCACCCAUAACUCACAUAAUGAUUGGCUCGUUGGUCAAAGUGUGAUGUGUGUGAUUGAUCACUAAUGUUCUCAAACGUGAUUUCCUCUGUUUAAUAAAUAGAUAACAUUUUACAAUAAGGUUCAAUUUGUUAACAUUACUUAAUGCAUUAGGUAUCAAAAACUAACAAUAAACAAGAAUUGUUUUUAUAGCAUCUAUAAAAUAAAGGCUAAAUGUUAAUUAAUAUAACUUGAAAAUGUCAAAAAUGUAUUGUUUAAUGUAAAAAAAUAUUAUUAUUAACCUGGAUUAAUACAUUUGGUAAAAAAUAUUAUGCACUGUUUGUGUAUACUCGGCCCGCUUCUGUCUGCCGUUACCUUACUGACACUGCCACAAUCAAGCCAGAAUCGGGCCGUCACUAAUGCGCACAGCGCGCCAGACACGGCCCAGCUCCGUUUAUAUAUCUACUGUACUGUUAAUUUUUUUUGCAACAAGACGAACACUACGACAUUACAGUAAAAUCGGGUGUGCCUCAUACGUCCUGAAAAGUGAAGCUGCGAGCUCUUUGAUCGCCCCCUGGUGGCUGUACAGGUCAUAAACCUCGCCCUCUCCAUGCAAACGAAUGGGACGUGAGUCAAAAUAAAAAAAUAAAUUACGCUUCAAAUAAAAUUUUCCAAAAGAUGGUUUUGGUCAUUUAAGGUAGUUGUUAUCACGCUGAUAUAUAUUCAAUUGUUUGUUUUUGUGAUAAGUCUGAUUUUAGCUAGCAAUAUGAUGUUAUAGAAACGGGGUGUGUUGUCAUGAUUGACAGUUGUGAUUGACAGCUUCUCUGAGGACUGUCGGAGCUUCGAGGGGAGAUUGAAGAUAUAAAACUUUUAAUUUUC